UUUAUUUUUUCUAAAGCCCUUAUAUAAAUAAAUAAAUUUCUCUACAUUUCUAUCAACAAUAUCGUGAUUUAAAAAAUAAAAAUAACAAAAAAUAGAUAAGCAGAUCCUUGGAUUCAAUUGCCGCCGGCAGGCCUGAAUUCAAUUCCCUGUAAAUUAUCAAAACCAUGGGAUCUGUUACCGAUACUGCAAACAUGGGAUCUGUUACCGACACUACAAACAUGGAAUCUGGAAAGAAUGUCACCGUCAUUUUUGUAUUGGGUGGCCCUGGCAGUGGUAAAGGCACCCAGUGCUCUAAUAUUGUCCAAAAUUUCGGGUACACUCAUUUAAGUGCUGGUGACCUUUUACGAGCAGAGAUCAAAUCUGGUUCUGAGAAUGGUACCAUGAUCCAGAACAUGAUCAAGGAGGGAAAGAUUGUGCCAGCUGAGGUGACUAUUAAGCUUCUUCAGAAAGCUAUUCAGGAAAGUGGCAAUGAAAAAUUUCUGAUUGAUGGUUUUCCCCGUAAUGAGGAGAAUCGUGCAUCCUUUGAAUCUAUUACAGGAAUAGUGCCAGAAAUUGUUUUGUUUUUUGAUUGUUCAGAGGAGGAGAUGGAGAAGCGCCUGCUUAACAGAAACCAGGGAAGAGAAGAUGAUAAUAUUGAAACUAUUAGGAAGCGUUUCAAAGUAUACAUGGAAUCCAGUCUCCCGGUUAUUCAGUACUAUGACAAUCUUGGAAAAGUUAGAAGGAUUGAUGCAGCAAAGCCAAUAGAUGUUGUAUUUGAGGAAGUUAAAGCAAUAUUCGAGAAGGUUGAUGCCUAGAUGUUAUAUAGCUUUCCAAGGAUAUCAGGCAUAUUUUAUUUAAGGUACUAUAUCAUUGAUGAUAGGAUUUGGAGGUUUAUUAUGAUUGUAUAAGAAAACACACUAUAUUCCUAUUUUUGUUUUCUCCCCUGAUUUGGGAGAUGCCUAUACUUAGAACUCUGGAUUCUAAAGAAAAUGUAUAAGUUGAUGAAUUAUCUUGGAGUUAUUUUGAUUUAUUAGUGGAUGCCAAUGAUCAUUUUGAUAAUAUUUAUUGGCUUA